GAAAGAGAAAGAGAGAGAGAAAGGGAGAAAGAAAGGGUAAGGAAGAAAGAAAGAAAGAAAGGAAAAGAAAGAAAGAGAUAGAAAACUGAUUAAGAUAUACAUUUAUGAUUUUUUAACCUUUUGGAUUAUAAGUUAAACUUGGCUGAAGGUUUUAGAAAAAACCUGGAAGUUACCUAGGCUGGGUAUUCUAGAGAUAAUGGAUUCUCCCAUAACUGAUCCAUAGAUUCAGUGAAAAUGCAGUCCAAAUCUGUUACAACCGAGUUUUUGGGAAACUUGAAAUUGCAUGCUAAUUUAUGCAGAAGGACAAAAGGCCUAAGACAUUCGGGGGUGGAGGUGGUGUGGUGUAGGGAGAGAGGAAGAAGAAAGGAAGGAAGGAAGGAGGAAAGGAAAGAACGGAAAGGAAAGGAAGGGAAGGGAAGGGAAGGGAAAGGAAAGCAAAGAAAAGGAAACGAAAAGUUAAGGAAAACACAAGGAAACAAUAUUAAUAUGGAAAUGCUGGCAGCAUUCCUUUUAAAAUCCGGAACAACCCAAAGAAGCCCAAUUUUGCUGUCGCUAUUAGAUCUUGUACUAAAUUUCCUAGCCAGCGCUGUUAAAAAACAAACAGCCAACCAACCAAAACAAGCAAACAAACAAACAAACAAACAAAAACCCCCAUAACUUCAAUUCUAUUUCUACUAUGCAUAAACUCACAGAUAAUCCCAGAACUCCUACUAUAGAGUUUGGCAUGUUGACAGACUUUAAGAUCAAGUUACGUUUUUAAAAGUUAAAGGCAUUUCUGUAAAUUCGAUCCAAAUAGAAAUUGUCCUUUUAAACAGACAUCGAGUACAAGAACAGCAACGAUCUACAGUAUCUUGGAAUAAAUACAAUAAAUGAUGUGCAAGAUCUAAAUAUACAAAAGAUGAAACUAAAAACUGAACUGAAAGAUUAAAACAUUAAGGACGCACAUAAGUGGAGACAUCCCAAGUUGGCGAACAGGAAGGCUGAGUAUUCUACAGAUAGUAGAUUCUCCCCCUAACUGAUCCAUAGAUUCAGUGAAAAUGCAAUCCAAAGCUGUUACGACUGAGUCUGGGGAGACUUGACAUUGCAUACUAAUUCGUGCGGAAGGACAAGAAGGCAAAGAAUGGCAAAGAAUAGCAAAGAUGUGUUUGGAGAUGAUGAACACCAUGCAGGGACUUGCCCUAGCAGAUGUCAAGAUGUAUUGCGAAGUGAAAAAAUUUAAGACAAUUUAGUAGUGGUACAGGAAUAGACACAUUUAUCUGUGGAACAUAACAGGGAGUUCAUAAACAGAGACACAGAAAUAUGGACGAAAGUGUCUCCAAGCAUUGUUCCCUGGGGGUUGCAAAGUCACCACUGAUUGGGAAUCCGCGGCAUGGAAAUAUGGAUCGAUCUUUAAUCACAUGCUGAAUUUUUAAAAGGUAAAUUACAAAAUACCAAGUACAUGAGUUAUAAAUGCAUGCACACCAAAUAUUUCACACCCAAAGGGAGACUAAUCUGGGAAACAAGCCCUGGGGAGCAUAAAGCUCAACGAUCACCUCACGAUUUCUUGACUGACCUAGUACAGGGAUCGGGAGAAGCUACCGGGAGGUGAUGGGGGCGUGGCCUCAGAACGUGAGCGUCAAGAGAUCUCGAGGUUCAUUGGUCGCCAGCCACAGCGGCGGGAGGUCGAAGGCAGCGCAAGAGCUCAUUGGCCUUUGUGGCAAGAGCGGGAAGGGAAGCAGAAGCUGGAUCUUCCCUCAGACCGUCUGACUGGUUCUGACUUGCCGGAGGCUGAGGCAACCACAGGCUGACAUCAGAAUUAGAGAACGCCUCAGGGUCUUGCCUGCUGUGAGUGCCUUGAAGAGGGAGCAGCGGGCACGAUCAAAGAGACACCUGGCUCAAGGACCAAUAAGGAGUAUGGCUGCCCCUCCCAAAGCUCCCAUCCGUGUCAGGAAUUUGACCAUCAGAGCAGGAGCCCUCACUGGGAAGGAGAAUAACAUGCUGCAGCCCGAGACCCACAUCUUCACAGCCCCCGAGGAGGGGAGCUCCCAAGGGGCUCUGCUGCUUGGCCAGGCCCCAGAACCUUUGUCUCUGCCCUGUACUCCAGUGACCUUGGAGCAGCAACUGGUUUCUCCUUCUGGGGAUCCCCACAGGGCCCCUGCCCUGCCCAGCAUAUGCUCAACUCUGAUCCUCCAGCCCUGUGCCACCCUUGACCCUCUUCUACUGCAGCCACAGGUCCCCAAAGUCUCUGACCAGGCUUUGGUUUCUGCCCACUCAGAGUGGCAGCGGAAGCUGGAGGCCGCUGAGGCUCUGCUGACUCUGAGAAACUCUGCCCAGGCCCCUCCUGACUCCAUCUCCCUGCACCAGCCUUGCAACCCACCAGCUCCUGCUGGAGAUAAAGGAUUCCAGCCUCCCAGCCCCUCUCUCCGCCCCAGGCCAGCCAGCUCCAUCUCGCUGCCUAUUGGACAUCUGGGAUGCAUCUCCCUCUUGAGCUAGGAACCCAGAGGAGGAGGCCUCAAUAGAGCACUGCCUAUUUGGUAUCCAGUUUCUGAAUGUGCAAAAUGGUUAACGUCCAAAACGCUUAACGUCUUUUUUUAAAGCCUUCAGGUGUUUUAUAAGCUUUUUAUUAUAUGGGGCAACUCCUUGGCUGAGGGUGGAUAUUCUUGUACCUCUGUCCCUUACUCUUUUGGAUGCUGGGGCCUUUUUCUGUCUCAUAAAGACAGGAUUGUGCAAUCUAAGUUGAUCAGUCUCUCAGUGGGGUUCUGUGUGAGUUCAUAUGCCAGAGUUUUUAUUCGUCUUGUGAUUGCUGACAUACCUGUGCACUCAUGUGUAUACCCCUGCAUGUGGAAACAUGAAGAUGUUUUCACUUUGUGUCUAGGUUUAUGUACGUGAACAAAUAAUAAACCGUUGUUGUUAUAA